CCUCUCUCUUCCAUAUUCACAUCAACGGUACUACAAUUCCUCUCUUCACCAUUGUCUCACUCGCCGGAAACCUCCCCACGAUAUGGAUCCGUGUCCUUAUGUUCGGAUCCUCGUCGGAAACUUGGCCGUCAAAUCUCCCGCAGCUGCCAAACCUUCGUCUUUCUCCGGCCAAGUUCAUCCUUCUAGUUCUCCCCCUUGCUUUUGUAAGAUUAAGCUCAAGGAUUUUAAAUCCUCCGAUCAUCAGUACGCCACCGUUCCUCUUGUCUCGCAAGAUGCCGGCGACUCUCAAUCUCACUCCUUAGCUGCUUCCUUCGACUUGAGCAGGCCCUUGCUCGAGAAGCUUCUGAAAUCGUCUAAGAAUCCUACUCUGAAGAUUUCCGUCUACAAGGGUCGGAGAAUUACAUCGGCGUUUGGCUUCAGUGCUGCCAAGUUAUUGGGGAAAAUUUCUGUGCCGUUGGAUCUUACUCUGGCUGAGUCUCGCGCUUGUAUGUUUCAGAACGGUUGGGUCUCACUGAGUGAGAAGAAAAAGGCCUCGUCGGAGCAGUUGUUCCACUUGACUGUUCGGGCUGAACCGGACCCGAGAUUCGUGUUCCGUUUCGACGGCGAACCAGAGUGUAGCCCUCAGGUGUUUCAAAUCCAAGGGAAUGUUAAACAACCAGUUUUCACUUGCAAAUUCAGUUUCAGAGACCGGAAUUUGGCUUCUAGGUCAUCUGUAUCCGAGGCAAGCAAUUCAAAAGGCUGGUUGAACUCGCUGAAAUCUCAGAAGGACCAAUCGCCCGAGCGCAAGGGAUGGUCCAUUACGAUUCACGACCUAUCCGGUUCCCCUGUUGCGGCCGCCUCAAUGGUCACGCCGUUCGUCCCCUCUCCCGGUUCCCACCGGGUCAGCCGGUCCAACCCGGGAGCAUGGCUUAUCCUCCAACCUGGUGGCGACGGUACCUGGAAGCCUUGGGGGCGCCUCGAGGCUUGGCGUGAACAGAACAGCUCCAAUUCGGUGGGUUUCAAGUUCGAUGUCCUCCCGGCAACCGCUGAACCGGUAACACUCGCCGGCUCAACCAUCAGCACCGUGAAUGGCGGAAAAUUCACAAUAGAUGUUACCUCCGGGGUCACCCCAGUCAACAGCCCACACGGAAGCUGGGACUUGGGAUCCGGUUCCAGAUCGAGGUCGGGUUCUGGAUCAGGGUCGGAGUUCGGGUUGGAGAAGCAACUGUUUUACAAGGGGUUUGUGAUGUCAGCCACAGUGGACGGCGAAGGGAAGCAGAGCAAACCAGAGGUGGAAGUUGGGGUGCAGCACGUGACUUGCACGGAGGACGCGGCGGCGUUUGUGGCUCUUGCGGCAGCCAUGGACUUAAGCUUGGAUGCUUGCAAGCUGUUCUCUCAGAAGAUCCGAAAGGAGCUGAGGCAGUAGAUUCGUGCGAGGGUCCUUUUUCCCCCUGUCGUUUUACUGGGCAUUGCGUCGUUUAGGCAUCGGAUUCUUAAUUUCCCACAACUACUAACAUCAUUUUGAUCGAUUAAUUACCUAGAUUUUUUUUCCCUGGGAUUUUUUGAGUGACAAUGUACAGCUAUUGCGGCAAAAAACCAAAAAAAUGUACAGUGAAAUUGAAAUGGUAGGAUUGGGUUUUGAUUCCUUUUGCUCAUACACAUCAACUUCUGAAAGUUAUUCAAUUUUUUUUGCCCAGAGAAAUCAUGUUCUGUUACUUGUGCAUUCUAUUUGUUCGAUGAAUCUCUACUAUAUUUUAGAUUUAUGUACUCUGGGGACUUGUGAGGUGUGGGAUAAAAAGAAUGAGAAUCCUAUGUUCAUUU